AUGCCGGAUCAUGGUUUGUUUGUUGAGGAAAGUCCCGGUGGUAGGCGUGUAGUGAAGAUCAAGAAUGAUUCACAUGUAGAGUUCAUGAACCGUAUAGAUCCAAUGUCAUGUUUGGAUUUAUACAUAGAUUUGGAAGAUAUCAUUUACGAAGAAAGAGAAGCGAUUUUUGAAAACAACGUGUCAUUUGGUGGUUUUCCAAGAGGGGAACGUGCUAGUACUUCUCGAAACCGUAAUGAAGAGGAGACACCUUUAUUUGCACAAGAUGACUACCGGGAAGAGUCGGAUCCCGACUACAUAGCUCCAAGUGAAAGUGAAGAGACUGUGAUGUCUCCGGAGAGAGUGAUUUUGAAGAAAGUGAUGAUGAAAGGAAUGGACAUUGGUGUUUGUUUCAAAUCUCAAUCAGAAGCAAAGCAUGCUGUGAAAUUAUGGAACAUCCAUCAUAAAAGGGAAUAUACGGUCGCCGCAAGUAGUCCAAUGACGUGGGCUGUGCGGUGCAGAACAUUAAAUGUGGAAAGUGAGGAUGGUGAACCACCGUGUGAGUGGAAGAUACGUGUGUUUUUGAAAGCUCACGGCCUUCAUAAAAUUGUGAGAUGGCAUGAUUCACAUAAUUGCAUGACUCACAUAAAAUUACUCAUCAGGAGAAAGGUUGAGGACAACGUAUAUUAUACGGUAGCAUCGGCACAGAAAGAUGUGAAGACCUUAUUGAAAGUAGAUGUGCCAUACAAAAGAGCGUGGCACGGGAGGAGGAAAGCCAUAGAAGCGAUCUAUGGUGAUUGGACCUCGAAUUUUGAAGAACUUCCACGGUAUAUCGCUGCGCUUAAGUUUACUAAUCCUGAGACUGUAGUUGAGGAUUUGGAUCAGUGUAGUCGAUACAGUUGGGGAUCAGCACUGCUGGCUGGUUUGUACUCUGGACUGCGCGAGGCAUCACAGUACACCAUGCACAACGCCACUGGCUAUCUAUAUUUGCUACAGGGUGAAGUAUUGAACAACAUUCGCGUGAGUUCCGAGAAGUUUAGAGAAAAACAAGAAGAUGAGAAUCUCCUAGACGAAGAACUCGACAAGCAUUUAGACGAUAUCAUCAAUCAAACACAUGCUGCUUUAACCCUGGGUGCAAAUGAUGAGAUGGACGUGGAGGAUGCCCAAAUCCUAGUUGAUGAAGAUCCAUCUUUGCCAUCACAACCUCCGCCGAGUAAAAAAGCGAAACCGUGGUCGAGAGAAAGGUCCCAAUCCCCCCUCGGACAUCGCAACAACAAACUGAGGGAUUGCCUUUCCAACUCGAAGCUAAACAACUGCAAUCUCAUUGUUACCGAGGAUUGGUACCAAGGAAUCAUGCUAGUUGCAUUAAGGGCUAUAGCUCUGCCAGCAACCUCAUUUCUCCGUACACCCCUAUGCAGCAUGUGUUGUGAUGCCCCUCCCCUUUCUACGUCCUUCAGAACCCAAAUGGUUGAAACUCUCGAGUUAAAUUCUUAUUCUCGUUUUUCCUGCUUUACCACGAGAAGCUCUAAACCUGGUUUAGUUUCUGAGGGAGCCUCUUCUGCAGAGAGACUGCUGUUUAUACCCCCUGGAGUCAGCCCAGACGAGGUUACAGAUGACAUGAUCUUACCCGGGUCAAAUAUUGUGCUCGGACCAUAUGCUGGCGAUGCUAAAGUUACGGAGGUUGAAUUUGUGAAAAGUAGUAAUCGUCCCAAGGACUGUCCCAAGGAUGACCGACCAGAAUUUGCUAUGUUGGGCAGGUCCAAUGUUGGGAAAUCCUCUCUAAUCAACUCUUUGGUUCGCAAGAAAGAGGUUGCUCUCACUUCUAAGAAGCCAGGAAAAACUCAGUUAAUUAAUCAUUUCCUGGUGAAUAAAAGCUGGUACAUUGUGGAUUUGCCUGGUUAUGGUUUUGCCAAUGUCCCAGAAGCAGCUAAAAUGGAUUGGUUCUCAUUCACAAAGGGUUACUUUCUGAACCGGGGGACGUUGGUCUCUGUUUUGCUUCUUGUUGAUGCUAGUGUCCCACCACAGAAGAUUGACCUUGAUUGUGCAAAUUGGCUCGGGCGGAACAAUAUACCGUUGACAUUUGUUUUUACCAAGUGCGAUAAGAGGAAAGGGGGCAAAGGAAAGAGGCCGGAUGAUAAUAUAAGAAGUUUUCUACAGCUGAUCAGGGAAUAUUACAAGCAACAACCGCCAUGGAUAAUGAGUAGUAGCGUCACUGGUAUUGGCAGGAAUGAGCUUCUUUUGCAUAUGUCGCAGUUAAGGAACUACUGGAACAAUGAGUAG